GGCUAAGAUGAAUCAACAACGAGGUAGACGGUUCAGAACAGCCAAAGAAGCUGCAGAAGCAGUUCGAAGAGCUGAAUCAAAAGGAGAGGCAUUGCCACAAGAGGCUCCGUUUGAUAGCACGGAAUUCAUGGCGAAGCUUUCUCUUCAACUUGAAUAUUUUAUUAACAAAAAAGUAUCAGAAGAUGCAAAUUGGAGAGGCAUACAAAUAGUAUUAUCUGGGCAUGGGGUACCAGGAGAAGGCGAACAUAAAAUAAUGGAAUAUAUCCGUAAUGCUAAAGCUCAAUCAGACUAUAAUCCUAAUGUUAGACACUGUUUAUAUGGAUUGGAUGCAGAUCUAAUUAUGCUGGGACUUUUGAGCCAUGACCCACAUUUUGCUUUGCUUAGAGAAGAGGUUACAUUUGGGCCUAGCAGCAGAAAGAAAAAGCAUGGACGAAUAGAAUCGCAAAACUUCUACUUAAUGCACUUAUCUCUCUUGCGAGAAUAUCUAAAUCUUGAAUUUUCCACUCUUCGAGAAUCACUUCCUUUCGAAUACAAUCUCGAACGAAUAAUAGAUGACUUUAUUUUGUUGGCGCUUUUCGUCGGCAACGAUUUUAUUCCACACUUGCCAAAUCUUCAUAUUGCUGAAGGGGCACUUGGUUUAAUGUUUCAAGUUUACAAAAAAGUUUUACCACAAGCUGGUGGAUAUAUUAAUGAUGGGGGAGUAUUAGAUAUGAAGAGAUUAGAGAUGAUGUUUAAAGAAUUAACCAUUUUUGAGAGAGACAUUUUUGAAGGCGAGUUCGUAGAUUUAAAAUGGUUCAAAGGAAAACAACGAAAAUAUCUAGAACAAAUUGAAAAAGAUAAAAAAAAGAAGAAAUUAGUAAUUACUCCGAAGCAGCAAGAGAUAUUCAAACAGGUUAAAGAGUUGGUUGAAUCACGAUCCGAAAAACCUAUUCAUUUUCCUGUUGAUUAUCCGGCGCGAGAUCGUAUUUUCAUUCAAAAUUUAGCGAAAGAUUUAGCUAUUCAACAUUCAGUAGAAUAUCAUGAAGAUGGAGAAGAUAAACAUGUUUAUGUAGAAUAUGAUUCAGAAGAUGAGUCUGAAGAAGAAAUGAAAGAAAUGAGAGAGAAAGUGUUUAAAAAAUAUGAAAACGCAGAAAUUAUUGAUGAUGAUGAUGUAGAAGCUUUUGAAGAAAAAGAAAGACAACAGUAUGAAGCGAAAUUUAUUGAUUGGAAAAAAGAAUACUAUAUGGGAAAGAUGAAUAUCGAUUAUGAUAAUCCGGAACAAAUGGAUGGUAUAGUCGGCUCUUAUGUAGAAGGGUUGCAACCCUUUAAACCUUUUGAACAAUUAAUGGGUGUUCUACCCGAAGGGAGUAAAAAACUUUUACCAUCUGCAUACCAGGAUCUCAUGAUAGACCCUGAUUCGCCGAUAAUAGACUUUUAUCCUAAAGAAUUUGAUCUUGAUAUGAAUGGAAAAAAACAAGACUGGGAAGCCACAAUGGUUAUUACGCUUGUGAAUGAGUUUGCUAACAUGAAAAUAGAAGAUAUUGCAAAGAAAACAGUUGGAAAAAGGAUAUUUGUUGGUUGGCCUUUUCUCCAAGAAGCUUUCGUGCAGGCUAUUUCCGAUGAACUUUUCAGAUAUGAAUUGGCAAAUUUGAAUGUUCAGAGACAAGAUGUUAGAAAUACCCAAACUAUUAAGAAUCCUCAAGUCAUUAAGAAUCCCCAUAGACAGGAUGUACUUGAACAUUGGCGUCGGAAGGCUGAUAAAUUGGAACAAAAUUACAGCAAGAGAUAUGGAACUAUCACGGGAACUGUGGAGGAAUAUGCAAAUGCUAAUGAAGAAAUGGAUUACGCAAUCCAAACAACUGUGAACAGCGUUGAAUGUGAAGACCCCCGAUUUGAAGAAAAACCGGCGACUCAAAUAGCAGAGGAAUUUCCGAUACAUACCCAAGUUUUCUUUCUUGGUAGUCCAUAUUAUGGUUGUCCAGGAUUAGUUGUCAAAAAUGCUAAAAGAAAUUUGGCAAUUAUUGAUAUAAAUAAUAGUAGCAUGGAGCCUGAUUUCGGAAAAAAAAUUGCGAAUGAUUUUGAUAGUCGUGUGAAAUAUUAUCCUUCCUUUCAGGUUGCAAAAAGGUUAAGCAUGAGUGGUCUAACAUUGAGCAAAUUAACUGCUAGCUUAUAUGUUAUUUGUAAGUCAACUGAUCAACGGGUCAACCUUGGACUUAAUUUAAAAUUUGAAGCAAAAAAACAAAAAGUAUUGGGAUAUACAAGAAAGUCACGAGAUUCUGGGUGGGAAUAUAGUGAGAAGGCGAUACAGAUUUUGGCACAAUAUAAGGAAAAAUUCCCAGAAUUUAUUCAAGCUCUUGAAGAGAAGCAUAAAGAUGGUAAUUUUUAUCCUAAAGAAGAAGCUGUUUCCAAAGUUCAUGCUAUAAAAGAAUGGUUGAGAACUGUUGAAGUGAGAGAUUUUGAAAAAGUGUCAUUAGAUGCCGAACAAUUGGACAAGGAUUCUGGAAAUGUUCCGAUUGCAGCCAAAGGUACAGUGGUUGGUAUUGAGAGAAACAAUAUUGAUGUGGUUUUUGACGCUUCAUUCAUGAGUGGUUCAACAUUGGGCGAUAG